AUGGCAUCCUUUUGCACCAGUAUCAAUGCGAGCAAAGAGAUCCGACCUAGAAGGAUUCACGAGCCUGGAGACCCCUCAACCACUCGAGAAUAUACAGUUGUAACUGUACAUGGCGUCAGGGAACUCUUUAACCCGGAUGCUGAAAAUACAGCGCGUCUAUGGGCAGAGCUGCCUCGACACGUUGAGUGUAUUAACCUUCUGAGCUUUCGAUAUUCCUGGGAAACGCCAAAAGAAGGAAUUACGCUCGAUAACCUCCGAGAAUUGGCAGCCGUCCUCUUGGCACAAAUCCGCCAGGAGUGCGCUGAGCUCUUGCAUGGGACUGAUAAAGCCCUAUCGAUUGCUAUCUCGUGUGAAAAAUACAUCAAUAUAGCGGCAGCCACUUCGCUCCUCGUUUUCUUCGGCACACCACACCGUCUUCCCGACUAUAGGUCCUGGGAGAGCUUAGCGGGGUGGCUUCUCCUUCUUUCCGGUCAGCACCGCUCAUAUGGGAUCUCAUGGAUUUCUCAAACCGCGCAAAUGAUCGAGGGAGUAAUAACCCGCUUUCGCGAUUUUCAGAUGAUAUUCAAAGUGAUGAACGUACUCCCUCAGAACCAAUCAACCAACACUUCUGGGCCCUUCGAUAGCUCAUCGCCAUGGCAGGCUUUGGACGAAGGCACUGGGACUCUUGGGGUUCCAAAUGAAACGACCAAGCACUAUGAUCAACCGACCACGUAUUCCUCGGAUCUGGAGUCAAAUCCAGACCUGUUCACGGCGAUUUUCAAAGAAAUCAACCGGUCUCAUGCUAAUGCUCUGUUCACGAAGGCCCGGGCGAGGAAUACAUGA